CGGGCGGAAACACAACGACGCAGUCACGCACCGGCUCUUUCCUCCACCCCUCGUAGGGCUAGCUAGGGUUUCUCCGCCCAAAUCGUGUAAUAAUAACCCACUUGAAGAUUCGCGCGAACGCUGCGGCGAUGGCCACCACCGUCCAGCCCCACUCCCCGGACCCAACAGCCAUCACCACCACCCCUGCCCCACCCCCUCCCCCUUCUCCACCUCGCCAGGAGAACCCGACCGCCGCGGGGGAAGGCGUAGAGAUCGCGGCGCUCGAUGAGCAGCCUGCCGCCGUCGCCGUCGCCGACAAGGGGAAGACGGCCCCCGGCGGCGGGAAGCUGGUGGCGGAGGCCAUGCGCAAGUGCGCGGCGCCCCGGUCGUCGCGCUACCACGGCGUGACGAGGCUCAAGUGGAGCGGCAAGUACGAGGCACACCUCUGGGACAACACCAGCCAGGUUGAGGGGCGCAAGCGCAAGGGCAAGCAUGUGUACUUGGGAAGCUAUGUUACUGAAGAGAAUGCUGCAAGGGCACAUGACCUUGCAGCCCUGAAAUAUUGGGGCAUAACUCAACCCACCAAACUAAACUUCAAUAUUUCUGAUUAUGCAAAAGAAAUUGAGAUCAUGAAGAGCAUGAAUCAAGAUGAAUUUGUGGCCUACAUAAGGAGGCAGAGUAGUUGUUUCUCAAGAGGAACAUCGUCAUACAGGGGUGUAACAAGUUCUACAGCAAAUUUUAACUUUAUCCACUCACUUGGACUAAACAGACGAAAGGAUGGUAAAUGGCAAGCACGUAUUGGUAGGAUUGGUGAGAGUAGAGACACUAAAGACAUCUAUCUUGGGACCUUUGAAACUGAAGUGGAGGCAGCUGAAGCGUAUGACCUAGCAGCAAUUCAGCUCCGUGGUGUUCAUGCUGUGACCAACUUUGAUAUCAGCAACUACUCCGAAGAAGGUUUGAAGAAACUAGAAGGCUCAUCCGAGGUAGUGAACCUGGAGGACCAAUCAGAAGUCACUAAGUUAGCUGUGACCAACUUGGAUAUUAGCCAACACUGCGAAGAUGGUUUGAAGAAACUAGAUGGCGCAUCCCAGAUAGUGAACCUGGAGGACCAAUCAGAAGUCACCAAGUUAUCUGUGACCAACUUUGAUAUUAGCAACUGCUGUGAAGAUGGUUUGAAGAAACUAGAUGGCGCAUCCCAGAUAGUGAACCUGGAGGACCAAUCAGAAGUCACCAAGUUAUCUGUGACUAACUUUGAUAUUAGCAACUGCUGUGAAGAUGGUUUGAAGAAACUAGAAGGCUCAUCCGAGGUAGCGAACCUGGAGGACCAAUCAGAAGUCACAAAGUUAGCUGGACAAUAGAUAUUAGAAUAGCAACAUGUAAAUUAUUUAUUUCUUCCUUUUUAUCUUUUCUCUGAUCGUCAGUCUCUCCACCUUUCUCUUUUCUUGAUUGAUGAUGAGAGUGUCUUUUCUUCGUCCACCUUUCCUGAAACUUUUUUUUCCCCAAGGAAUUUCCCUUCGCUGGUUGCCAACUCUAUUAUUUACCAGCUCCAGAGUAGGAUCGUGUGAUGCUGUACUCUGUAUUCUCAUGUACACUGAUUACAAACCAUUGAUAGUAUUUGUAGACAUUACAACACAAAGGAAGUUCAUUCUUCUAUUUUUGUAUAUUUGUUUUUA